GCACGAACGUCUCCCAACCGCCAUUUCUUGUUCCUUCGGAAACCAUGGAGCUCCUCCCAUACUCUAAACGUCUCUCUCCCAACUCAUCCCCAAAACAACUUCACCAAAAUGCAUUUUCCUUUUGGCUCCAUCUUCACCUCCAAAAGCUCCCCGCAGGGCUGCAACCUUGCCCAUCUAACUCGCCGCCUCCAUUUCAUUGCCAUAACAACUCAUCCACAUCGCGAGGUGUACAUCGAACGGAAAUUGCAUAUAGCAAAUCGAAAAAUUUGGUGGCAAAGCUCAAAUAAAACUUAUACAUUUCCGGCCUAUUGAAUGAGUUAUGGAGGAUGCGUUGGAAUGAUUGAAAUGAGCGGAACGAGGAUUUUCGUUCCAUGUUUGCUGUUUCUGAUUCUUUCUUUAGCAUCAUUGGGGCCGGUUUGGUGUGAUGAUGGGGAUGAAUCCGAUGGUGAUAUUGGUGAGGGCAAUCAAGCUGCUGCAGUGCCAAUUGUUUCAUCUCUCAUAUAUACUCAAAUUUCUAACCUUACAAAGGUUUACAACAAAGAUAUCAACAGGGAGCUAGGAUUUUGCAUUAAUGAUGUAGAUGCAGAUGUAAAUGCAGCCUUCAAUUUUUCAAAAAAUUUGGAUUUCAUGAGUAACUGUUAUAAACAGACAAAAGAUGUAAGACAACGGCUAUGUACUGCUGCAGAGAUAAAAUUCUACUUCACCAGUUUUUUGGAUACAAGAUCAGCAGAGGUUCAAUUCUUAAAACCCAACCGAAAUUGUAAUUUGACAUCCUGGGUUCCUGGAUGUGAACCAGGAUGGUCUUGCAGUGUUCCUGAGGAUGAAAAAGUGGAUCUUAAGAACUCCAAGGAUGUACCUGAGCGAACUCUUAAUAGUCAGCCUUGUUGUGAGGGAUUCUUUUGCCCUCGAGGUCUCACUUGCAUGAUACCUUGCCCCUUGGGUGCUUACUGCCCUCGCGCUACACUCAACAAAGCAACCGGUGUAUGUGAUCCGUAUCAGUACCAAAUACCUCCUGGCAAGAUAAACCAUACCUGUGGUGGAGCUGACAUAUGGGCAGGUGACACCAGUAGUGAGGGAUUAUUCUGUUCAGCAGGAUCUUUUUGCCCCUCUACUACCCAAAAGAUUCCCUGCUCCAAAGGGCAUUACUGCAUGAAGGGUUCUACAAAGCCAAAAGCAUGCUUUAAGUUGAGUACAUGCAAUCCAAAAUCGGAGAUCCAAAACCUGCACGCUUUUGGGUUCAUGAUAAUUGGUGCUUUAAGUUUUAUACUUAUAAUCUUCUAUAAUUUCUCUGAUCAAGUCAUAACAACUCGGUAUGCAAGAAUGGCGAAAUCCAGGGAAGCUGCAGCAAAACAUGCCCGGGAAACAGCACAUGCAAGGGAAAGGUGGAAGUCUGCAAAAGAUGUAGCCAAGGCUGGGGGUUUAGCUGGAUUACGACAAUUCUCUCGCACAUUCUCAAGGAAAGGUAAUAAUACAACAAAGCAAGCAGAUCUGUCGGGCCCAUCACUACCACAUAAAGACCCUGCAGCAGAAAAGAAAAAGGAAACAAAUAACCUCACAAAAAUGAUGCAUUCAAUUGAAAAGGAUCCAGAAAAUCAGGAAGGCUUCCACAUGCAGAUUGGGGAUAAAAAUAUUAAGAAGCAAGCUCUUAAGGCUAAACAAUUGCAUAGUCGUACCCAAAUAUUUAAGUACGCAUAUGGUCAACUUGAGAAAGAGAAAGCUUUGGAGCAAGUGCAGCAAAACAUGACAUUCUCGGGGAUAAUUUCAAUGGCCACAGAUGAAGAUAUUAAGACUAGGCCCACUCUAGAGAUUGCCUUCAAAGAUCUAACAAUAACUCUUAAAAAGAAGCAUAAGCAUUUGAUGAGAAGUGUUACUGGAAAAAUAAUGCCUGGCCGAAUAUCCGCAGUCAUGGGUCCAUCAGGUGCUGGGAAGACAACGUUUCUUUCUGCAGUGGUAGGAAAGAUUAUUGGUUGCACAGUAACAGGCUCAAUCCUCAUAAAUGGGAAGGAUGUAUCCAUUCAGUGUUACAGGAAAAUAAUUGGUUUUGUACCCCAAGAUGAUAUAGUUCAUGGCAACCUGACAGUGGAAGAGAACCUCCGCUUCAGUGCACGAUGCAGGCUAGCUCAAGACCUUCCAAAGGCUGACAAGGUCCUCAUCAUCGAAAGGGUCAUUGAAUCACUGGGUCUACAGGGGGUGAGGGAUUCAUUAGUUGGGACUGUUGAAAAGCGUGGAAUCUCAGGUGGUCAGAGGAAACGAGUUAAUGUUGGGAUGGAAAUGGUCAUGGAACCUUCAUUGCUAAUAUUGGAUGAGCCCACAUCUGGUCUAGACAGUUCAUCUUCCAACUUACUUCUUAAAGCUCUUAGGCGUGAAGCUCUUGAAGGGGUAAACAUCUGCAUGGUUGUUCACCAACCAAGCUACACAUUGUACAAGAUGUUUGAUGACUUGAUACUUCUCGCAAAAGGCGGUCUUAUUGUGUACCAAGGAUCUGUAAAGAAAGUAGAAGAAUAUUUUAAAGGCCUUGGAAUAAUUGUCCCAGAUCGUGUAAAUCCUCCAGACCACUUCAUUGACAUCCUUGAGGGAAUUGAGAAACCACCUGAAGGUCUGACUAUUGAACAACUUCCUGUUCGAUGGAUGCUUCAUAAUGGAUAUCGUGUGCCCCCCGAUAUGAUGCACUUAUGUGAUGAGAUGGCAUCAUCAUCAAAGGGUGCCCCUCCACCUCCCCAACCUCCUGCAGGAGAAACAAUGUGGCACGAGAAGCGAGACUCCAUACAUCACAACUUCUUAGCAUCACAUGACUUAUCUAAUCGAGUCACUCCUGGUGUGGCGCGCCAGUAUAGGUACUACAUUGGAAGGUUGAUAAAGCAGAGAUUGCGAGAAGCUAAAGUACAAGCAGCUGAUUAUCUGAUCCUUUUGGUGGCUGGAGCAUGCUUAGGAACUCUUUCAAAGACAAAGGGUGACACAUUCGGAUAUUAUGGCUACAUGUAUAGUGUUAUUGCAAUCUAUGUGUUUCAUGGUCACAGCACUCCUAUGUAAGAUUGCAGCUCUAAGAUCCUUUACCUCGGACAAGUUAGAGUAUUGGAGAGAGAGAUCAAGCGGCAUUAGCAGCCUAGCAUAUUUUCUUUCAAAGGAUAGUGUGGACCUUUUCAAUACUAUCAUAAAGCCCUUGGUUUUCCUUUCAAUGUUCUAUUUUUUCAACAAUCCCAGAUCAACAUUUGGGGAGAAUUACAUCGUCUUUCUGUGCCUUGUGUAUUGUGUUUCCGGAAUGGCCUAUGUAUUUGCAGUUUGCUUUCAACCCGGUCCUGCACAACUGUGGUCCGUUCUUUUUCCUGUCGUUCUGACUCUCGUAGCAAACCAAGAUGCGAAUGACAAGGUUGGGAAGUAUGUAGCAAGGUUUUGUUAUCCAAAGUGGGCUUUAGAAGCCUUUGUUACAGCAAAUGCACAAAGAUUCUCUGGAGUUUGGCUGAUAACUCGCUGUGGGGCACUAAUGAAACUAGGUUUCGAUGUUCACGACUGGACUAGAUGUCUAAUUCUGCUCUUGCUCACUGGCGUACUUAGUCGAUUGGUAGCCUUCCUUUGUUUAAUUAGUCUAGGAAAGAAAUGACUUCUUCACUGCCAUAGUUUUGUAGGGAGAUUGUGCUGUAUAAGCCACCACCUCUAUGUACCAUGCUAUCGUAAAGGGAGAGGAAGUAGGUAGGAGAGAGAAGAAAAAAGUAGUUUGGCUGGAGAAAAUAGAGUGAAAAUAUUUGAUUAUAGUGAUUUCAUUUCCUCUUGUGGCGUGGAAUUUACUAUUCAUUCGGAGGGGGAAUACUAAAAUUUUCUUCUCUAACUCCUCUCCCCAAAGCAUGUAAAUAUGUCUUGUAAAUCCUUUUUAGACAGAAAGGGUACAGGUUUACAUAUAUGGUACGCUACUACGCUUUCACUGAG